AUGUUGAAACGGGCAGAAUGGACUUGUCGACGAUGCCUGCGAGAGCGAUCACGACUGCGUCAGCCACGACGCUCGCUGGGGACUUCCACCACAACAAGAGGUGCUGCUGCAGUGGCGCCGGCGACGCAACCAGCCGCCUACCAUCCCAGUCCCGGCGUUUCGAGUCACGACGAUAGAACCCUCCGACAGAUAUUCGAUUCCUCCGACUUCUGGAAGGACUUCUCCUCAAAAGCAAAAUACCACUACGGCGGCAAGAACGCAGGACUUUUACAGAAUCGGUAUCUAUCGAAGCCAGAAGGCUUCGCAGACUUCGCGAAUGUUACCUUGCAGAAAUGUCAGAAGAUCGUGGCGCAGGUGCUGGAGUAUAAGACAGUUGAGGAAUACAAGAGGAUAACGGCAGAUCUGGAUCGACUGAGUGACUUACUAUGUCGAGUCAUCGACCUCAGCGACUUCAUUCGAUCCGUUCACCCGGAUAGACGGAUACAAGCUGCUGCCACGCAAGCCUAUGCAACCAUGUUUCAAUACAUGAAUGUGUUGAACACUACAAGUGGAUUGAACGAUCAACUGCAAAAAGCGGCAUCGAUGCCAGAAGUGGAGGCAUCUUGGAGUGUGGAAGAGAAGACUGUGGCAGACAUCUUGAUUCGUGACUUCUCCAAGUCCGCCAUCGAAUUGCCGGAACAAGAGCGGAACGCCUUUGUCACGCUAUCAGAUGAGAUUGCGGAGGUUGGUAACGAGUUUGUGGAUAAGAUGGCACCUGAGAAGCCGUAUCUGCAAUUCGAAAGCAGUAAGAUGAAAGGCAUGGAUCCUGUAUUUGUGAAGCAAUUGACGAGAUGGGGAAAUGUUACGCUACCAAUGGAAGGCAUGCCGGCUACACUUGCAGUACGGACCGUCGAAGAUCCCGAUGUGAGGCAGGAGAUCUAUCUGGCACAGAGAACUUCCUCACCAGACAAUAUUCAUCGUCUGGAACGGCUACUUAAAAGGCGGGCCGAGCUUGCAAAGCUAUCGAACUAUGAUACUUUUGCACACAUGACCUUGACAGAUAAGAUGGCCAAGACUCCUGAAGCUGUCACUUCAUUCCUGGACGGACUGGCGCAAGUCAAUGCGCCGCGUGUACGGGAGGAGCUUAAGGAAUUGCUUGAUCUGAAGAAAGGAGAUGCCCAUCACGGGAACUUUCCAGAUAAGUUGAACGCUUGGGACAGAGACUACUACACCGCGCGACUGAUGAAUUCAAUGCGGUCCAAAGCAAGGACGUCGGACUUCUUAAGUGCGUACUUUUCACUCGGCACCGUCUUCCAAGGUCUGUCUCGCCUGUUCCACAGACUAUAUGGGAUCCGUCUCGUCCCUCGUGAGACUUUGCCCGGCGAGACCUGGAACGAAGACGUGCGACGACUUGAUGUCAUUGACGAUCACAGCGGCCACAUCGCAGUGCUCUAUUGCGACCUUUUUGAGCGACCCGGAAAGAGUCCCAACCCUGCCCAUUUCACGCUUCGCUGCUCCCGUCGUAUCAGCGAGGAAGAAAUGCAAGAAGCGGCACAUAUCUCUUCUCAACCUUCUUCGCCCUUUGCUACGGCUCAGGAAGCCGUCAAUGAUGGAUUGGCAACAAACUUCAACCCCCGUGAUCGCAACGCACUCUACCAACUACCAACCAUCGCUCUAAUCUGCGACUUCUCUCUUCCCCCACAAGGCUCGAAACGUCCUACUCUCCUCACUUUCCGUGAACUCACCACUCUUUUCCACGAAAUGGGUCACGCGGUGCAUUCAAUCUGCGGACGUACUGCACUGCAAAACGUCAGUGGUACGCGCUGUGCCACCGAUUUUGCAGAGCUCCCCUCUGUUUUAAUGGAGAACUUCGCCGCUGCACCUGAAGUUCUUGCCUUGUACGCAAGGCAUUGGGAAACCGACGCCCCGCUGGAUCCAGCACGAGUGCAAGAGCGUGUCGAGAUCGACCGCAGGAUGCAAGGCGCUGAAACUGAAUCACAAAUCCUCUUGGGGAUGCUAGAUCAGCGGUAUCACUCUUCCAUUCCACUUUCUUGGCCUGAAGAAUCUAUCGGAGCCAGUACCAAAGUCUACCACGAGGUAUGGAACAGGUAUUCGUCUGCUCCAGAGCCUCCUGGGACGAGCUGGCAAGGUUUCUUUGGACAUUUGUUUGGCUAUGGAGCGACUUAUUAUUCUUACUUGUUUGAUCGGGCUAUUGCGGGCAAGAUUUGGCGGGAUGUGUUCCAACGGAAAGCGGGCGGCGCUGUCGAUCCUGAGGCCGGACAGCUCUUCAGGGAGCAAGUCCUUUCGUGGGGCGGCGGGAGAGAUGGAUGGAGGUGCGUGGCCGGGGCUCUGCGGGAUCAAGACGGAGUGCUAGCGGAGGGAGGGAAGGGUGCCAUGGAGAUGGUCGGGAAAUGGGGUGUGCAUACAUGA